AUGGGCUGUGCACCAUCGCAAAGCGAAAUAAUACAGACCAUUGCAAAAAGUACUUUUAAACCUCGAAAGAAAGCCAAGGCCCUGUCGCCUGUGGACAGAACGCCUGCCGAAAGCCAAUCCUGCCCUGUCGGUGGAGGUCCGGAAAACUCUGACAGUGAAUCGAACCUGUCCAAGGAAGUGCAAGAGGAUACCAGUCCCAGGAAUGAGUUCUCACAGCAAAGGGGAAGAGGCCAAUGGCAAAAUAUGCCUGCGACGGUGGGGCCCACAGAACUGCCUAAGGAGACCAGUGGGAAGAAACUACCAAGCAGCACCAAGACGGUAGCAGCCAAGGCCGCUAGUUCAGAGACACGAGCACCCCAGGAUCCGAGUGUUCAGAAAGACUGCGACUGUUCCAACAAUGGCAACACAAUUCAGCAAAGCAAGAGCAGCAGGAAGAAGGGUCGUCACGCAGCCAAGCAAACAAAGAGCACGAAGCUGAGGUCUAGAAGCCAAUCCAGAGGUGAAAAUGAAGAGAAGGUAGAUUUCCCUACAUCACUGGUCGAAGCCCAUCAGGCAGCAUAUGCUUAUCUCAACACCAGCCUUUCUAAAUAUGACACCAUCCUGAGCCUAGCCGACCAGGCCGCGCAAGCUCAGCUGACGCUUCAACAGAUGGUAAGCUUCCUGACGCUUCGCUUUGAGGAAAUCAACAAGAUGCUGGAGGAAGUAGCUGCCGACGGCGAGAGGCUGGUCAGGGACGUUGGCCCUCAUCUCACGUGGCCGACCGAGAAAGCAGACCCGAAAGAACAGCCCGACCUGCUGCAACAGCUGCUGCUUUACACAGUGAACAAAAUGCAGGCAACCAACGGAACGGUGACCUCCCUGACUGCCACCGUCUUGCGGGAAACCUGCGACUAUCUGCAAAGUGCCGCAAGCAUCUUCCAGAGAAGAUUCCUGUUGAAGCAACAAGCGGACAAGAGGCUGCAAAUGCUGAUCGACCAACUGGGAGCCUGCACGACACAGCCUGUUCACACCAGGCCAAGGGAUGCCACUCUUUAUUCAGAGGACAGUGGCAUUGGUGCCGACACGGAUACCGCAAAGGAAUAUUGCACCUUGAAGGAGCAUAGCAAUCCUGAGAAAGUUUCCAGAGCAGCAUGUUGCAAUCCCAGUGCUUGCAUUCUGUGCAGGAACUCCCUUCCAAAUUCCACUCCCGCAAACCUAGCACGAAUGCCUUCUUCUUCCUCAAAUUCGUGCUACUGUGCUCCAAGCAGAGGCACAGUUUGUUCCUCCCCUGAGGAGAGAGCGCUGUGCUCUCUACCCAGUGAGUCAGCGUCCAAUGCUUUGGUGAGUCAGAACAGAUCCAUGGGGUCUCUGGGGUCGCUUACCAGCACAGAGGGUGAGGCACUGGCUCACAGCGAGUCCAUGGACUUUUGUUCUUUGGGUGAGGAUGAUGAGGAAGGGAGUGAGUCGGAUUCCACCUUGCCCGAAGGCCCUCGGAGGCCAAAGUCGACACCGCCAGAAACUGCGGCAGUACGGUCCACGCUGAAAAGGAUAGAAAAGCCCGAGAAUGAGGAGAUGACCAUGAAGAUCAGAGACGCCAUCAGCCACAAAAUCCAGUUCGUCCCCACACCCACUGCGUCGCAGGUUUGGUCGGACGAGGAGAGUAAACCGCAGCCGGCCAGGCCGCGCAGCGCAGGCGGACUGAGGAGACGCAGGCCGAAGAAGCAUCGGUCGAGGUCCGCCGAGUCUCUGCGCAGCAAGACUGAGGACCCCACCCUUCUGGAGCUGCAGAGGACACAGAAGGACCUGAGCCGGCGGCUGGACAUGAUGCACCGGACCGAAGCUGAAGCCGGCCGCCAGAAGGGAGCCGGGAGUCCAGCCCGAGCCAGGCCCCGGGGUGCGAGCAGCCCAGUCCGCGCCGAACGCCGGGAAGCAAGCAGCCUGACUCGCGACAAGACCCCUGACCCCAGCCCCAAACUCAGGGCCUCCCUUCAAGAAAAGUUCAAUAUGUUACCCAGCCAAGAGAGAUCGCCCAGCCUGGCCAAGGCCAGCAAGUUGUUGAAUGACAGCCCCAACCCAGGAGAUGCCAUACCAUCGGCUGCAUCCCUGGCAUCCCGCCGGCCCAGUGCUCCCACCUUGCCCUUGGUCCCCCACCGGCCUUGCAGAAAGCCACGGGCCAACAGCGCCCCAGUCUGCCCCGAGACUGACCCCACCACUGACCUCUCCCCGGUGACAGUGUUAACUGAGACGGAUGCCGGUACGUUCCCACCACCUCCCACAGCACUCGAGCUCUCACCCAACACCUCAACGCUCAACACCAGGCAAAAUCAUGCAGCAUCGGAGGCGGGAGACGCAAGCUCCAGUGCAGGUCCCAUCCCGCUCACGACAACCAACAUCGUCUCCCCCUCGACCUCAGGAGCAUCCGAGAUGACUAAUGUUAGCUCCCUCUCAACCACGGACACGUGCGCCAUUGGGGAAGCCACUGGCGUCCCGGUCUCUGUACCCAAGGCUACAGUGACCCAGCGACUGAUGGCAUCGUUGGAUUCGGUGGCAUUGUUACCCAGUAAGCACACGGGAGGCGGCGCCAGCCCAGGAGGAGCAAGAAGGCUUCAGGGGGCGGUGGAGCGCGGGGUGCGCUUAUACUGCGGCGGUACUGACAGGAACCAAGAGCACCCUCCCAGUGCCGAGGUACACCGCCGCUCGCGGACAGCCGGGCCGCUCCAGGACUGGCAGCCCUACAAAAUCAUCAACCUGCGCUACUCGGGUGAUUCCGAGAGCAGGCCGGCACGACCGCGGUGCCCGCCCCCCUGUCCGCGCAAAGAGGCAGCUUCGCCCCGCUUGGACAGGCGAGAGGAAGAACCAAGAAAUCCGCCGCAAAGGGGAGAGGAGCCCAGUGAAAAUCGGGCAUCCUUCUCCCCCAGCGCACCCAGAGCGUCCGCGCCCCUCCCGAAGAAGCCAUGCCAGCAAUCAGAACGUUCCUUCCAGCCGCCCCACGGGCCAGCCCAACCCUACGUUAACUUGAAGCGAUCAUACGUCAACGCAUCCCAACCAUCUGAAAACUUAGCACAACCGUUGGUCAAUUCAACAAAAUUGGCCAUCAUCCCUACCAGCUCAACACAACCUUACGUCCAUGCGACACAAGCAUCCACCAAUUCAGCACAUCCCUCCGUCAAUCGAACCCAGUCUACUCUCAGUUCAGCGCAGCAGCUUAUCAACUCAACUCACCCAUCUGCCAGUUCAACCCAGCCAAACUGCUCAACCUACCAACCUGUUGACUCAACACGUGCAUCCGUGAACUCAACCCCUCCAUCCAUCAACUCAGUCCAAGGAACUGACAAUCAGACCCAUCGGUCUGUCAACUCAAGCCAACAAUCAGACGCCACAACACUCACCAGCCCUACCAUAAUCAAGAAAAUGUCUCCAAUGAAACUCUUAUGCCAAACACAUCUGUCGGAUAAGAAGUUUGUCAGUCCACCAUCGCAACCAAGGGCCCCUUUUCAGGCAACUAGAUUCCCAACUCCUUCACCCAGUACCGCGGAGAAGAGAUUUACAAGUCCACCUUUGCAGCCUAAAACUCUAUUCCGACCUAUUGGUUAUAAAGCACCCUCCCCUCCUGCAUCGAGGAGGUGCCCAGAUCCAGACAGAUCCUCCCCUCAAACUCUCACCAACAGACGUGCAAGCCCACCGACAAUUAGUAAACAGCAGACUCCUCCAGCCAGUCCAACAAGAUCUUGUCCAAUUAUGGCUAGGAAGCUGCCGAGUCCUCCCGCCCAUCGAAAGCUUCCAAACCCACCUACACAACAGAAGCAGCCCAGCCCAUUCCUGCACCGUAAGCUGCCAACACCCCCCGCCAACUGCAGGCAACCAAGCUCUACAUCAGGUACCAGAAAUCACUCUCCACCCAUCUCGCUGGGCAUCUUGCGGAAGGGGUCUACUAACCAGCUUGAGGACGACUGGGAGUCUCAGAGGUCUGUGAAAACUGGUUCCAAUGCUUCAUCCAUAUUUUGUCCAUUGUAUAACUCCAUAUUUGAGGCCAAGUCGCUUUCUGUCAACUGCUUUGGCGCACCUGAUGCAAAUGAUCAAUUACAGAGCCAGGUUGUGGGAGAUGGUAGCCCGAUGAUGUCAAGAGCAGUGUGGAGGAACAAUUUUAUACUCAGGAAGCCAGGAGAUCGGCACAGAAGGUUGACACUAAGUGGAGUCCACCCCCAGCCUUUUGUUAAGAGGAAUUAUCUACUGGAUUGUAAAAUCGGAACCCAGGGUAGAGUCUCUGCAUCCACGUCAGCUACAAGUGAACCUACACUCCACAGCAUUGGGUAA